GGAUUCUCGCGCUGGCUCCGCCCCCGGACGCAGCCCGCCCCUUCCCCUGAAGCCCCCGCCCCUCGCCUUCUGGUUCCGCCUCUGGCCCCGCCCCGUGACUGUGUUUGUCUAUAAAGUUGUUGUUGAGGUGGCGGGACCCUAAGAUGGCGGCGGCGGCGGCGGCCGUGGCAGGGGCGGGGCGCGGCGGGGGUGGCGGCGCGGACCCGGGGCAGGAGCGGAGCCGGGCCCGAAGUUGGGUUAGCGCGGAACGGAGUGAAGGCCGGAGUUCCCUCACAACAGGAUGGAGCCAAACGAAGAGCUGGAAGAGGAGGACUCUCCAGGUGGCCGGGAGGAUGGCUUCACUGCCGAGCACCUGGCUGCAGAAGCCAUGGCAGCUGACAUGGACCCCUGGCUGGUAUUUGAUGCCCGUACUACACCUGCCACAGAGCUGGAUGCCUGGUUGGCCAAGUACCCACCAUCUCAAGUUACUCGCUAUGGGGACCCAGGUUCACCCAACUCUGAACCUGUGGGCUGGAUUGCAGCCUAUGGGCAGGGUUACACUCCCAACUCAGGGGAUGUACAAGGGCUGCAGGCAGCCUGGGAGGCUCUGCAGACCAGUGGGCGACCCAUCACACCAGGUACCCUGCGCCAGCUGGCCAUCACCCACCAUGUGCUCUCUGGCAAGUGGCUGAUUCACCUGGCACCUGGCUUCAAGCUGGACCAUGCGUGGGCUGGCAUUGCCAGGGCUGUAGUUGAGGGCCGUCUUCAGGUGGCCAAGGUGAGCCCACGGGCCAAGGAGGGUGGGCGCCAGGUCAUCUGUGUUUACACGGACGACUUCACGGACCGCUUGGGUGUGCUGGAGGCAGAUUCUGCCAUCCGUGCCGCGGGCAUUAAGUGCUUGCUCACUUACAAACCUGACGUCUACACCUACCUGGGCAUCUACCGAGCCAAUCGUUGGCACCUUUGCCCCACUCUCUAUGAGAGCCGUUUCCAGCUUGGAGGCAAUGCCCGUGGCUCUCGAGUGCUGGAUCGUGCCAACAAUGUAGAACUGACCUAAUGGGGCCAAGUAGGAGAGACCAUCUUUUGCUUCCCAGCUGGGGAUGGAUCCUCCUUUCUUCUCUUCCUUGUCCCAAGAAGGCUGAGCUCCCUAGCUCUGAGGACUCAUUGACUUGGGAACUGCCUGCACUCAGUCCCUUUGAACUUCUGUUCUCUGUGUAGGGCCAACUCCAACCCUCACAGGUGGGGGCUCUGGCUCUCUGAGGGCCGGGCCCUCGGCUGCCCUCUGUGAUGCUGCUCCCCACCACUGCCCAGGACCACAGCUUGGGUGCAGAGAUACUUGAGGAAGUCUGCCCUGGCCACCUCUGUCCCCACUAUACUUAGCCUGCACUCUCCCUUUUCUUUCCUCCCUCAGAAGGGAGGGAACUUAGUGCUUCCAGUCCCUGCCCUUGGAGCCGCCAUAGCCCAGGUGGCAGGCCCUUCCAGGACUGAGCAUGCUAUUGGGACCUAUACAUGUUCUGGCCAAGAGGAGAUGCAGGGUCCUGGACGUGGGGUCAGUUCCUCUCUGCAUACUCAGAGCCUGUAUGACCAACACCCCUCCCCUGGCUACCCUGACAUGUGCCUGCUCCUGGCAUUUCAAUAAAACACAGCUUGGGUCUG